ACUUAAACGAAAGCUAAAAAGACAAGGUUGUAUUACUCAUGCUUUAUACCAGCAAAGUGGGGAGUUUGCGGCGUUUGACGUCCCCAGGAAUUGGUUUGUUGCAUUUGGAAAGCCGAGGGCAAAUAUCUACAUCUGCAUCUCAAUCAGUUUUACAACAAGAAACGGAAAUCCCUUUUACCGUCAGUUUUUGAGAAUAUAGAGUCAUGGAUCUUGCUCUUUGAAGAGGAGUGCUCAGAGAAGGAGUUUAUUUGCUAGCAAAGGAUGGAUUCAGGGAAGUGUGCAUCGAGAAAUGGCGUUUCAUUAUCAAGUAUGGCACCUACAAGCUUCCUGAAUAGUGUAUACUCAAAAUCUCUGUUCGAAGAAGAGGAGAGAUUUGCUGAACAUGUCACAAUAAAGGAUGUAAAUAUUGACCUCAGAGAAGUUUAUUUUCUGAUUAUGCAUUUUUUGUCAUCUGGGCCAUGCCGAAAAACGUUUGGGAUUUUCUGUGAUGAACUUCUGGAACAUGAGCUUCUGCCUAGGAGAUAUCAUGCUUGGUAUUCAAGAAAAGGUGUACUCUGUGGAGAUGAAGAUGACGAUGGCAGUUCUUUCCCUCUAAAUUAUGAUGAUCUGGUGCUAAGGUAUCCUCAUAUUGAAAAAAAUCACUUAGUAAAGUUGCUCAAACAACUGCUGAGUUCGAGUCCUUCUUUGCAAUGUGCCGGGAGAGGUGCCCCAGGUGCUGCUGAUGUUCCCACGCUACUUGGAUCUGGGCCUUUUUCUCUUUUGGCUUGUGAGCGAAAUAGAGUCAAUAAGCAAGCACAAUCCCUUCCUUCAUACCUCCGUUGGCCACACAUGCAGGCUAAUCAGGUGCAUGGUCUAACUUUAAGAGAGAUUGGAGGUGGUUUCCCAAAACAUCAUCGUGCUCCAUCUAUCCGUCUUGCAAGUUAUGCUGUUGCAAAGCCAGCAACUAUGGUCCAGAAGAUGCAAAACAUAAAGAAACUAAGGGGACAUAGGGAUGCUGUUUAUUGUGCAAUAUUUGACCGCUUGGGAAGAUAUGUGAUUACUGGUUCUGAUGAUCGCCUUGUCAAGGUUUGGUCAAUGGAAACUGGAUUAUGCCUCGCUAGUUGCCGAGGACAUGAAGGUGACAUCACUGAUUUAGCCGUCAGUUCAAACAAUGCUUUGGUGGCAUCUGCAUCAAAUGAUUACAGCAUUCGAGUUUGGCGCUUGCCAGAUGGAUUACCUAUUUCCGUUUUGCGUGGUCACACUGGAGCUGUUACUGCCAUCGCAUUUACUCCAAAGACUAGCUCCGUGUAUCAGCUUCUAUCGUCAUCAGAUGACGGAACUUGUCGCAUUUGGGAUGCUAGGUCUUCUCAGUGUGUUCCACGCGUUUACUCACCAAGGCCAAAGGAUAACGUGUCUGUGAGGAGCAGUGGUACUGUUGCAACCAACAUUCAGUCCUCAAGUAAUACAUCGCAUAGCCAUCAAAUUUUGUGUUGUGCAUACAAUGCCAAUGGAACUGUCUUUGUCACUGGCAGCUCUGAUACUAUAGCAAGGGUCUGGAAUGCUUGUAAAUUCUCCCCAGAUCACCCCGACGAGCUAAAUCAUGAAAUAGAUACAUUAUCUGGUCAUGAAAAUGAUGUCAACUAUGUACAGUUCAGUGGCUGUGCAGUUGCUUCACGAUCUUCAACUUCUGAUUCCUUUGGGGAGGACUGCAUUCCAAAAUUUAGGAAUUCUUGGUUCAGCCAUGACAACAUAGUCACUUGUUCCCGGGAUGGAAGUGCAAUUAUUUGGACACCAAAACCACGCAAGUCAUCCCAUGGAAAACAUGGACGUUCUUGGGUUAAGGCAUAUCAUCUUAAAGUUCCUCCGCCACCAAUGCCACCUCAGCCUCCUCGAGGAGGGCCACGGCAGAGAUUUCGCCCUACUCCUCGUGGUGUUAACAUGAUAGUAUGGAGUCUGGAUAAUCGCUUUGUACUGGCUGCUAUAAUGGAUUGCCGAAUUUGUGUUUGGAAUGCUAGCGAUGGUAGCUUGGUGCACUCCUUGACUGGCCACGCACAGUCUACAUAUGUUCUGGAUGUUCAUCCUUUCAACCCCAGAAUCGCAAUGAGUGCUGGUUAUGAUGGGAAAACCAUCCUGUGGGAUAUAUGGGAGGGGAUCCCCAUCCGGACAUAUGAUAUAGGACGCUUUAAGUUGGUUGAUGGAAAGUUUUCACAGGAUGGAACAUCAAUUGUUCUUUCUGAUGAUGUUGGACAAAUAUAUUUAUUAAAUACAGGCCAAGGCGAGUCUCAAAAGGAUGCUAAAUAUGAUCAGUUCUUCCUUGGGGAUUACCGGCCCCUUAUCCAGGAUGUGCAGGGGAACGUUCUUGAUCAGGAGACGCAGCUAACUCCAUAUCGGAGGAACAUGCAAGAUCUGCUUUGUGACGCAAGUAUGCUUCCAUAUCCUGAGCCAUAUCAGAGUAUGUACCAGCGCCGCCGCCUAGGAGCUCUGGGUACCGAGUGGCGUCCUCCUUCAAUUAAGUUUUCUGUCGGCACGGACCCUGGUUUAGGCCUAGGAUAUCAGGUCUUACCAGUGGCCGACUUGGACAUAAUAGCUGAACCUCUGCCGGAGUUUGUGGAUACCCUUUUCUGGGAGCCAGAUAAUGGUAUUCUGAAUGAUGAAACUGAUUCAGAAUAUAAUAUGAAUGAAGAGCUUUCUACUGAAGGAGAGCACGAAUGUUUAAGGGACGGCUCUUCUAGUGGUUCAGUAUGUAGUGAAGAACAGAAGAUGAGAAGGAGUCGGAAAGAUAGCCUACGCAGAUCAAAAAGGAAAAUAUCUGUAUCAGAAGUGGAAGUCGCAUCAUCUGGAAGACGUCUUAGGAAGAAAGUUAAGGAUGAAGAUGUUGGCACUUCAUGUAGAAGUCUUAGAACUAGGAAAUCCAGAAAUGGGAAGAAAGCUACCACUAAAAGGAAGUCAACUAAACCAAAGUCAUUAAGACCUCACCGAGGAGCUGAACUUCCUGAAAUUGUACAUCUUCAUUCUGACAUUUCUUCAGAUGAUGAAGAUGAAGCUAGCUCUGAAGAUGAUUCAUUGGAAACUGAAUCACCAGAAUGUUCGUCAAGCGACCAGAGGAUUUCAUCUGAUGACAAGAUGCCAAGCAAACAGCGGAGCUAUCCAACAGUUGGAGCUAUCGAUGUGCCUCCUAGAUCCACUGAACCUCCAAUAAACGGCGAGAACAAAAGGAGAUUAGUCCUGAAAUUAAAAAUCCGUGAUGCUAGUAAGGUUGAGCCAUCAAAAGACACUGCAGUUCAGUGUGGUGACCAAGCUGAUAAGCCAUGUUCUUCUCAAGCUUGUGAAGAGAUAAUUGAAGAUAAUGUGGUUAACCGAAGGUUAAAGGAGCCGGGAUCAUCCUAUACAGAUGAGAUUGGCAUGGAACUGUUUGGGGAAUGCAAUAAAAUUGAACAUAUGGUUAAUGACAAGGAACCAAAAAAUGAUUUGAAUGAGCAUGUCAAUAGAGAACCAUCUGCUGGUCCAGAUAUUCAAAGUCUGGCUCUGGCUGAUAGUUUAAUGGACGAGGCUCAAACGAAUCUGGGACAGUUAGAAGCUAGCACAUUGCUGGCUGGAAAUGGUCCAGGAGAUUUAGUAUGUUCCUCAGGAGCUGCUAAAACUUCUUCAUUAUUUCACUUGUCAUUGUCACCCAAUCAUCAGCUGCAGAAAAUAGGCGUCGCUCCUGGAGCAAACAAGCCUACUACCGCUGACGACAAUCCUGAAGUAAACCUCAAACCUAGAGUGAAGCCAAACAUAAUAAAGAUAAAAUCAAAGAAAAUGUCUAAGGAGUCUCAAGCUCGUUCUGAGUUUAAUCUUCCUACAGAUGCUUAUCGUGUAGAUGAAUCAACAUCUAAAAUCUUUUCCCAUUUAGAACAAAACCAAGUACCAGAAACAGGUAAUGGCCCUGAUAGAUUCAGUCAGAAUUUGCAUUGGGGUGUACUGACGGAUGAUACCGUUGGCAAAAACAAGUCUCAUGGAUCUAGAAGCAGUUUACGUAGCAGUCGUGAUAUUUGUGAAAGUGCUUCUAAUGCUUGUAAUGAUCAUAACGAAACAGGUUCUGAAUUCCCUCAUGUCGCUACUGAUGCAGCACGUAGAAAGAGAUCCUUGAGAUUUACUGCAAUGUCAAGAGAUACAGCAUUAGGGAAAGAUGACCUAAAAAUAAGAGAGAGUCGUAUAGCUGUAGGUUCAUCAAUAAAUACAGGGAAGCUAACCAAGAAGGCCACUGGUUCUCCACCAUUAGGAUGGACUUCAAGUAAUGCGUUCUGCCGGUUAUCUAGAGACAGCAAAGAGGGUUCUUCCAGGGAUGAAAAUGUUUUUUCAUCUGGAAUGAGUUUGAAUGAGGCAGUCAAAAAACUGAAUUGGUUGCUAUUGUCAGAGCAUGAAGAGGGUUACCGCUACAUUCCUCAGCUAGGUGAUGAAGUAGUAUACUUCCGACAGGGGCAUCAAGAAUAUAUAGAAUACAGUGAUUCAUCAGAGCCUGGUCCUUGGACAAAGAAUGCAGCUGCAGUCCAAGCUGUGGAAAUUUGCUUGGUAAAACAUCUUUCUUAUGCAACUCUUCCUGGCUCUGGUGACAGCUGCUGUAAAGUUACACUUCAAUUCAUCGAUACCUCUUCCCCCGUCUCUGGACACAAGUUUAAGCUCACGCUGCCUGAACUAGUUAACUUCCCUGACUUUCUAAUUGAGAGAUCAAGAUACGAGGCUGCCAUGGAGAGAAAUUGGUCUUACAGAGACAAGUGUCUGGUUUGGUGGAGGGAUGAGAGUGAGCAAGGUGGUAGGUGGUGGGACGGUCAGGUAGUUUCUGUGAAAGCCAAAUCUGAACAGUUUCCUGACAGUCCAUGGGAAAGAUGUGGUGUCCUAUACGAAGGUGAAGUAGAACCCCAUCCUCAUAGUCCCUGGGAACUACAUGAUGUAGAUAGUUCAUGGGAGCAACCUCAAGUUGACCUGGAAAGCAGAAAUAGAGUUUUGUCGUCUGUCACUGAACUACUGCAGUCAGCAAGCAGAAAUCAGGAUAAAUAUGGAAUUCUAAAAUUGAAACAUGUUGCUGUGAAACUGGACUUCAUGAAUAGAUUCCCUGUUCCGCUAUCACCUGAUAUAAUCCAGUUAAGGUUAGAGAACAACUACUAUAGAAGUUUGAAAGCAAUGAAGCAUGAUUUUUCUGUGAUGAUAGCAAAUGGCGAGGCUUACUUUUCCAAAAAUAGAGAGCUUUCAGUGAAAAUGAAGCAUCUUUCAGAAUGGUUUACCAAGAAAUUAUCAAAUUUAUGAGGGCAUGCUUCUCCGUAGCUUAUUAAUUCUCUUCCCUUCUCCCAACUGCCUGGCGGAUCCAAUUUUGUGGAAUGGAUCUUCAGCGCGUGCGCUCUGGAAAUUGUUGGUCUCAGACUCUUAGAGUUGUCUAUUGUAUAAUUUAGGUUUAAAUGAGUUGCUUUGUUAUGGUAGUAUAUGGCUGGGUUUGGAGUACAAUUUGCACCAAGAAGAAUUACAAUCUGGAGAUGGUGAGCGGGGCAUACUUUUUUGUUUUGUUUUCUACCCUGCAUGACCAGAGCGUUAUGCUGCUUCUCGAGAAUGUUACUUAGAAAACAGAAUCAUCUGAGGUUCACAAUACUUUGAGAUUCAGGAUGCUUUCCGUGUUCGGUCCCAGGGAAAAUGGCUCCCACGGAAAUUAUUUUCCAAGAAAACAAGAUAGUUUUUUAAACUUAUUUCUUAUGUUCGAUAUGCAAAUAAAAAUCUUAUCCUGAAA